AUGGCUGCGGGAAACUGGACAAGAGUAGAUGAGUUUAUCCUCAUGAGCUUCUCUUCCCUCCCCAAGGACCUGCAGCUGCUGCUCUUCCUGGCCUUCCUGGCCGUCUACCUGCUCACCCUGCUGGGAAACAGCCUCAUCAUCGUGGUCACCCUGGCUGACCCCAGGCUGCACAGCCCCAUGUACUUCUUCCUGCGCAACCUGUCCUUCCUGGAGAUCGGCUUCAACCUCGUCAUUGUGCCCAAGAUGCUGGGCACCCUGCUCACCCCACACACCACCAUCUCCUUCCUCGGCUGUGCCGCGCAGAUGUACUUCUUCUUCUUCUUCGGGGUGGCUGAAUGCUGCCUGCUGGCCACCAUGGCCUAUGACCGCUACGUGGCCAUCUGCAGUCCCUUGCACUAUCCGCUCAUCAUGAGCCCCAGGACUCGAGCCCAGCUGGCGGUGGCCUCCUGGUUCCCCGGCUUCCCCGUGGCGACCGUGCAGACCGCGUGGCUCUUCAGCUUCCCGUUCUGUGCCACCAACAAGGUGAACCACUUCUUCUGCGACAGCCCGCCCGUGCUGAGGCUGGUGUGCGGGGACACGGCUCGCUUUGAGGUCUACGCCCUCGUGGGGACCGUGCUGGUGGUCAUGCUCCCCUGCCUGCUGAUCCUGGGCUCCUACACCCGCAUUGCCCUCGCCAUCCUCCGGAUGCCCUCGGCCGCGGGCAAGCGCAAGGCCUUCUCCACCUGCUGCUCCCACCUCCUCGUGGUCUCCCUCUUCUAUGUGUCUUCGAGCCUCACGUAUUUUCAACCUAAAUCCAACAAUUCUCCUGAAAGCAAGAAGCUGUUAUCCCUGACCUACACUGUGGUCACUCCCAUGUUGAACCCCAUCAUCUACAGCCUGAGAAAUAAUGAGGUGAAGAACGCCCUGGGGCGCACUCUGCACAAGGCCCUCGCCCUCCGAAAUCGCCUGCCAUAG